AUGACGGCUGAUAUUCUCUCUCUCGAGCAGCUCUGCUACCCAGACUCCAACGCCUCUUGUGUCAGGGAAAGAUUCAGUGUCAGAGCACAAUUUGCCUUGUAUUUGGUGUUCGCUUUGGGCAUGCUGUUCACCAUUGUAGGAAACUUUGCUGUCAUCGUGUCUAUAGCUCACUUCAAGCAGCUUCACAGCCCCACCAACAUAUUGAUUUUGUCUUUGGCUCUGGCAGACCUUCUCCUGGGUAUUGCUGUCUUGCCCUUUAGCAUCAUUCGAGCAGUCGAGGGCUGCUGGUUCUACGGGGAUGACUUCUGCCUGCUCCAUUCCAGUUUUGAUGUGUUCCUCACAUCUGUCUCCAUCUUCCAUCUGAUUUGCAUUGCCAUAGACCGACAUGAAGCAGUGUGCAACCCUCUGCAUUACACCAGCAACAUCACCUUACCAGUGGCUUGGAUUAUGGUGUUUACCAGCUGGGCACUGGCUGCUCUUUACUCUUUUGGACUAUUGUAUUCAAAGACCAAUGUGGCUGGGUUGGAGGACUACCUGGCGUCAAUAUCCUGCCUCGGCCGUUGCAACCUGCUUUUUAACACACUUUGGGGAACCCUAGAUACGAUAAUAGCCUUUUUUGUUCCUUGCGCUGUAAUGGCAGGCUUGUACUCUAAAAUCUUUCUUGUGGCUCAAGAACAUGUGAGAAAAAUAGAAGAUAUCAGCCACGGUGUGACUUCAAAUAAUAGGGGGCGAGGUGGACUAUUAAAACGCUCUGAGCAGAAGGCAGCUAAAACCCUGGCUGUAGUGGUGGGGGCGUUCAUUUUCUGUUGGACGCCUUUUUUCCUAAACUCUAUCAUUGACGCCCACACGGGCUUCGGCACACCUGCCGCCCUCUUUGAGGUAUUUGUAUGGUUGGGUUACUUCAAUUCAACCUUGAACCCCGUCAUUUAUGCCCUGUUUUAUCCCUGGUUCAGAAAAUGCUUUCACCUUAUUGUCACUCUGAAAAUAUUCAACAGCCGUUCGUCAACCAUGAACUUAUUUGUGAACUGA